UGUUAAUUUCUUCUAAGUUGUUAUGUUUACUGACAAAGUUAUUUAUACUAUUUUUAUUAACCUUUUAAUGUCAGAAGCAUCUGCAGUUAAGUUCCUUUUCUAUUGAUUUUUAUUUUUUAUUGACCAAUUGGGGUAAUAUUGGUUAAUAAAAUUAUAUAGGUUUCAGGUGGACAAUUCUAUAAUACAUUAUCUGUAUAUUGUAUUGGGUGUUCACUACCCCAAGUCAAGUUUCCUUCUGUAGUUAAGUUCUUUUAAUCAUUCAUGAUAUUGUCUUUUUUCUUGAUCAGUCUUCCUAGAAGUGUAUCCAUUUUACUAAUGUUUUUUAAUAACAAGAUUUUAUUUUCCUUGAUUUAUUUUCCAUUGUUUGUCUAUUUUUCUUCCCCAAUGAUUCACAUUCUUUAUCAUUUUCUUUCCUCUAUUUCCUUUGCAUUUUGUGGCUUUUUUUCAACCUUCUUAAGGUAGACUCUUAGCUAGUUGAUUUUUACCUCUCUUCCUUUCUACUAUAAAAAAAUAAAACUAUACAUUUUCUUCUAAGCACUUCUUUCAGUGUAUCUGCCAAUGUUUGGUAUGUUUUGUUUUCACUGUCAUUCAGUUGAGAAUAUUUUCUAAUUUCUCACAAUUUCUUUAUUUGCAAUUUAAUUAGAAAUGUAACUUAGAAACUAAACUAUUGGUCGGCUCUUUCGCGUUGUGGUAGAGUCUGGCCUUUCUCUUGCUCUGUCUAGGCUGUAGGGUUCUUUCCAAGCUACUUUGUAACAGUUAGAGAGUCUUCAAUAUCACCAGCUGCUGAACUCUUUGGGGAAAUCUUAGGAGCUUCAGGCUGUGACUAGACAUCCAAUGGACUCACCAACGUUUAACCCAACCUGGAACCUGGAGUCUACUCAGGUUCCUGCUGAAGGAUAUUCGGCUGACACUCAAGCUUUCUCAGGACUACUAGCAAAGAACCUUCGUAACUUGACUCUCAACCCUAACAUCAAACUGCCUCCCCUGCCACCAGAAAGUUCACCCAAAAAGCAGGAGAGCGGAAAGAGCUUACAGGGCCUUGGGCUGUGUCAAAGCAUGCUCAUCGAAAAAAGGCAUGGAGUGAGGACAGUGGCAAGUGUUCGCAAAGAAAAGAUGCAAAGGGCGUUACAAGUGAUUAGAUUCUGCACCCUGUCUCUGCUUAAAAAAACCCCAGAGGAGAGCAAACUUGAGAUUGAAGCAAGAGCCAGAAAAUUUAGAUGUUCCUGUCUUUACCGCCUACAUUAUGGAGAUCCUUCUGAUUAUAUUGAAAUGGAGAAUAGUUAUGACAUGGAGUCGGUUUAGCCACAGCCUUAUUCUUGUAAUUUGGGCUUUUUUGCCGGUAAUUUUAAUGUCAUUAUGUAGCAGCUUAGGAAAGUUACUCUAGGCUAGGAUAGACUAGACCAAUAUUUUGAUAGCCUACAAUAGUUCUGUGAUGUCCUUUUCUUGUCCACCUUGAUGCCACUAACUUAAGGGGAAUCAACGUAUGGGUGGUUUGCAUUUGAAUGACUUAAAUACACUUCAGUUCCUUUUUUAUUUGACUCGAAAAAGUACUGAUAGGUCUUAAGUGUCAUUGUUGUUUUAGAAGCCUGAAGUUGGUGAGAUGUAAUUGAACACCAAGAAUUAGAAGCAAGUAACUUGUGCAAAAGGAAUGUUAAAAAAAAUGAAAAGGGUGGUUUGGCUAGAGCAUGAUUGGUGCAGGGUGUAUUAGGUAGAUUUCUCUCGUUUUCAAAAAUUUGAACUGUAACAAGUGUUUCUGUGUGCUAUUUCAAUUUAGUAGCAAAUGUGCACAUAAGGCAUCUUAUUAAAAUUUGAGGCAUAUUUAAAAAAAAAACUAAACUAUUGUUUAGUUCCCCCAAAUUUGAAGCCUUUCCAGAUAUACUUCUAUUUUUUUAUUUUAAUUCUGUUGUGAUCAGAAAACAUACUCUGUAUAAUUUUAAACUUUAUAAACUUUUUUGAUACCUGUUUCAUGACCGAGUAUGAGAUCUUUCUCAGUGAAUGCAGUAGAAAAGAAUGUGCAUUCUGGUAUUUCCAAGUGUAGCAUUCUAUAAAUGUUUAUCAGGUUAAGUUAGUUGUUAGUGUGGUUCAGUCUUCUAUAUCCUUAUUGAUUUUCUAGCUACUUUUUCUACUAAUUACUAAGAAAAUAUGUACACUUUCAACUAUAAUAAAUUGAUUUGCGUACUUCUCAUUUCAUUUAUGUAAGUUUGCUUCAUGUAUUUUGAUACUCUAUCAUUCAUAAAUUUUGUUUACUAUACAGUCCUAGUAAAAUGAUCUUUUUAUCAGUAUGAAAUGUCCUUCUCUGUCUCUAGUAAAAUCCCUUGUCCUAAAAUCUGUAAUGUCUUAUAUUGCCAUGGCUGGUAUAGCUCAGUGGAUUGAGCACGGGCCUACUAAACAAACAACUGUGGUUUGAUUCCCAGUCAGGUCACAUGCCUGGGUUGCAGGCCAGUUCCCAGCAGGGGACACAUGAGAGGCAACCAUAUAUUAAUAUUUCUCUUCCUCUCUCCUUCCCUUCCCCUCUAAAGAUAAAUAAAUAAAAUAUUUUAAAUAUAUAUAUAUAUA